AUGGGGUCACCGGGGAGGUUGCAUCAGGCAGGCCGUUCAAAGGCUCAAGACCCCGACGAGUCUGUCUCGUCUUUUGCGAGCGGGCCAGCACCUGUGAAGCCAGCGGUGUACUAUGCCUGGAAAGCGGAUCAGAAGGUCGACCAUGAGUCGUUCCAGCGCAUGCUGGCGGAGUACAGGACGGCCAAGGACCAGCAGAAGAGCGACCAGCUCAAGAUCCGCCAGUGGGUGGCCUAG